UGUUUUUAUACUGCCGUCUGCUGAUUUUCUAGGCUUCGGGGGUGGUGGCAUCUCAUUGAAAUAAGAACUAAGUUGUUAUCUUCCCGGCAGAAAAAUAUAAGAUGCUAUAUUUAAUCUUCGCAUGAAAAGCAACGCCUUCAGUUGCUCGCGCAUCAGCGUUCAACGAGGAGAGCUUCGUAACUGCGGGAGCUGUUAUUAACUCCGAACAAAAGGUGAGCAAAUUUGAACUAAGCUAAAAUUUUUUGGAUAAAAUACAUUUCUUUAGUUUAAAUCUAUUUGAUUCUAUUUUUUUUUUUUACUUUUUACAAGGAUUCGAAUUUGGAGCCCACUGCCCUGUUUUAAUGCAAGCGGCGUGAACUAUUUGAUUUUUCUCCAGACUAGUUCAACAGUUUUAGCUUUUGUGUAAUUCUGUCUUUUCAAAGUAAAAAUGGUGAACCAGAACUCUCGAGAUCUGAAGAAAAUUGGUGUUUAAUGUUUAUUGUCAAACAGAAUAGAUUAAAAAUUCUGAAGCUGAUUAGCAUGGAAGAAUUUUUUUUCGUACUUCAUAAAGAAAAAUUCACAACAAAAGGAAAAAUAAUGAUAAAAAAUUAUAGAAAAUUAAAGCGCCCAGUUUUCGUUUUGUCACCAUCGAUUCAACCAAGAAUUAAAGGCAAAAAAUCAAUCGCACUUCAAUUAAAGAUUUACGUUUUUAAGUUAACGAGAAACCCCAUAUUAAUAAGUUUAAAAUCCUAUGCAAGUCUGAGAAGCGCAGCAUUCGAUCUCUCAAUUGGAGAUUGGAGUUGUUUUGCGACAUCUUAUCUGAUCCAGUUGAUAAAAAAAAGCAACAGCAGCGACAACAACAGCUUCUUCUGACAAUAAGAUAUAAUUCCUUUCUGAUGCAAAAACAUACCGCGCAAUAAGUUUUUCUAUAACUCCGACAAUAAUCACAUGUCAUCUUGGUGAGGACGUUUGUAGCCGGCGAAUUCUUUUGAAGUCUAAUUCUUGGUUAGCUUCAUCCCUGCGGUCAAUUAAUCUCAUCUCUACCUUUAUUGCAAGAAGGAAAAUGGAGAGAAAAGAAAAAUUAAAAACGAAAAAAGGAAGAACUGGAGAGAGAAUAAUUAUGUGAAAGAAGAAAUGAAGAAAUAUUGAAUGCUUUUGCCUUCACGAGUUCACCCUAGACGGUUUACCAUCGCACUCAGUGAGAUAUUUAUCAUUGUCUACGAAAUUUUGCAGAUUUAAAACUAACUGAGAUUUUCCGCGAUCGAGACUAAGGGCAUCGAGAAAUCCGGUCAGAAAUUGGGCAAUCUACGGGGUAGACUUCAGAGCUCUGUUGCUCCCAAAUAACAGAACGACUGUAUGCAGGUUUUUUCACCCCGAACGGCAAAUUUCAAACUUGAUCGGUCGGAUUCCGCGGACCAAAAAAAUUUACAUUUACCAGAGAAACAUUGUCUAUAUUUGUUCAUGUCAACGUAUUAAAUGUACUGUUCAAAUCCAGUUCAACUCUGAUUUUAAAUUUUUACGGAUAAGAAAAAUUUUGAAACAUGAAAGUUAGGAUGAUUUGCUGAAACGCAACAUGAACUCGCGUGGUUGAUGUUAAAAAAGAGCUGCUCUUACUGAGGUAAGCUAUUCGUCAUUUCUUCUGUCAAGUGAUGUCUUAUAGAAUGUCUAAUUUCAAGGGCCAGUUUAUGUUCUAAGGUCUCACUGCUAAUGAAAAAAUCUAAUCGUAGGUGACGUCCAAAAAAAUGCCAACAUUCUAAAAUCCUUCAGUGAAUUAUGGGUCAUUUCAAGCUUUUUAAUUUAUUCAAGAUCAACAUUUAGAAUGAUAAGUUGGACGCCGUUUCGCAAAGUUGCGCGCUAACUUAAACGUUUUGGAACAAAUGGUCAUUUAGAUGUUCGCCUAGAAAAUAAUGAAAAAUUCCGCGUCAUUGUAUUUCUUCAAGCAAUACUAACCAAAUAAAAGUCGUUUAAAUAUCAUUUUUGAUUCAAAGUGUUCAUGACUGAUUUAGACACCCUAAGCCUCACGGUCAGAUUUAUCAGACCGUGUUUAUCAAAAUCACACACUGAAACCAAUCCAUAUCGCUUUUCCUUCGACUGAACAAAUUCACAAUAAUUGAUGGAUGUAAGCUUUUCACCUUUCUCAGCAAAAGAAAAAAAAAAUCCAUAACAGGUAUGCAGCUGUUUCGGGUUAUUGUGAAAAGAGAACCGUAUUCCUACCAAGAAAUUUUCAGUUCAUGGUUGGAAUCUAACAUAAAGCGGUUAAAAGAUACUUUUUAUUGUUCUAUUUUCGGUAUCCUUUUUCUUUUUCUUUUUAAGUAGAGAAGCGUGCAUUUGCUCUCACUAAAACAGUACGUGAUGAGUGAGAGAGGAUUGACUUUUAAUCAAUAGCUCUCUCCGGAAUAACGUGUUCAGCUUCAACCACUUACAAACGUCACCACAACUUACAUGUUCAGACUCACGUCCACAAUUUAUUUCCCAGCAAUUAAUUAUUUGUCCUCUAGGAGUGUUGGGUCAGGCAAUUCUGGUAGAAGAGAUUAAUUUUCUUAAAAGCGUCUGGUUAAGGUAUAGCGGGGUAAUUGCUCCAUAUCGCCCUACAAUGGUAAGAGUUUUACUUAAGUGCAUUUCGUGGUUAUUGAUAUAUUGUAGAUGAGAACGGAUAUAAAAUAGAUUGAAAUAAAAGAAGUCGACAGCUCUAAAAGACUGCCACAACUUAAUUGUUCACUUUCUAAAUUUGAGUAAAGAAUUCGUCGGCAAUUAAAACUUAAGCUGCUCAAAAAGAUCUCCUAUUAUUUCAAUCGAAAUUAUCAACCUCAUAUACCAUUGCAUGGAUAAGAUUCUUCGCCAAACAAACUGUAUUUCACAUUUAUAAAAUAAAUCUUGUUAAUGGUUCUGAAGAAAUAAGUACAUAAUGGAUUUGAAACAUAAAUCAAAUGGUACAAAAGUGCUUUUCAGCAUUAAAUGAGGAACAAACGAGGGCUCACUUUUCUUUGACAUUUGGACUUAAUGACAUCGCGAAGAGGUUUUCAACUCACUUAUAAAUGCAAUCAUUGAAAUGCAGAUUAAUGAAAGUGCAGUCAAAAUUGCAGACAGUCAAUUGUGUUUUAAAGUAGCCACCACUCACCCGUAUCUUCAUGAACGUCAUGCAUUAACUGUCGCAUCACUUUACGUCAAGGGGCCUUCCGGUCGAACGCAAAUGUACCCAACCUGAACUGAUCAUGAAAGUUUAAGUGAUGCAAUGCUUAUUCUUGCUAGAUAAACGACUAAAAUGGCGCUUUUACUGGAACAAGAAGUAUUUUCCAUGGAUGCAAAGCUACUUAAAGCACAGAUAAACGAAAUCACGGCCUGUCGAGCGAAAGAGUGGGUCCGAACGAAGUCAGCACUCCUACAGUUAAAAGCCGUGCAAUGGUCUGCGGCUAAGAUAAACCUGAAUAUAUUUUCCUUGAGAGAUUUCGGUGUCACAGACGAGGAAAGCAGUAUUACACAAGUCAAGUUAUUUAGUAAAAAUAAUUGGUUUCUUCGACUACAAGAUGACGGUAACGUCAGUGGAACAAGAGAGCAGAACAAUGAUGAAGGUAUAGUCAAAUGGAUUUGUGUAUUUUCGCGCGCACGUGGCAUAUCACAGCAUGUGCAUUAUCGAACUGCAUUUAAAUCUAAAGAAAGUUUUAAAUUCGAGUAUUAUGGAUAAAUUUCAGCGUAGUUUUCGAAUUUAUCGGAAUAAAUUCUAUCGAAAUAGCCAUACUUAGUUAAAUAAGAAACGAAAAGAUGCAUGGAACCCAACUUAAUAAUACGAAAUAAACUGUAGACGAUAAAACCGAACAAAUGUGUCAUAUCAAAUCUUCGAUACAACGGAGAGAAAAAAAAUGAAAGACUUUCCAUUAUGAAUCAAAGAAUGGAAAACAAUCAUCGUAUCAAGAUUUUUAUUUCUUAAUGCCGAGCAUAAGCUAUACACACAAAGUUGUAAUUAUUUCAAGCUUGUGUGGCGGAUGAAAAUGAUUGAUUCAGUAAUUUGACGCUUCAAAAGAAGAGAUAUAGACUGAAUAUCAGAAUCUAAAUUGUUGGAUCAUUGUUAUGACAGCUCAAGGCGACUUUGUUUAUUAUCAAGCAAGCAUUGAAAAAUGAAAAAUGAAAUAUCUGCUUCAGAGAGGACUUAUUCUGUGUCUGUUCGGGAAGCCAGAAAUUAAUAAAUGUACGCUCCAGUAGACAACAUGAGCGUCAACUAUUGUCUAGUUAUUAUAAAGACCAUCUAGAAUAUCAUUUCAGUAGAAAAUUUAACAGAAAAAAAAACAAUCUUGUUAAUGGAGAUUCAAAAUGAUUCCUUGGCCUUUUAAGAUGAAAGGAAACUGGAAAGAUUAACAAGAAUUAUAUUUCAAAUUCCUGAAUAAGAGAACUCCUAUAUACAGCUAAGUUAUUCAUACUCACGUAUUUACCGUUACAGUUUCCUGUUUAAAAAAACCCUCAACUAAUCUUCCUAUGUCCGCUUUGAGUUCAUCAACUUCCUCAGAUCAUCACAAAAAAAGUGAAAGAGGAUAUUUCUCUAAAAGAGGCCAGGAGGGAAGACGAGGAACCUUUGACCAAAAUACUCAUGGUUGUUAUUCGAAUGAAAAUAGCUCGCCAACAUUCCCUAAGGAAUGCACAUGUAUUACGCAUUAAGACCGACGCCCCUUUUAGACAAUUUUCCACUUAUAUUUCGGAACCUCAAAUUCGAGCACAUGCAGUACACACUCAGUCAAGCUUCAUCAAAGUUGAAUCUCUUACUUCUUCUGAAAGCUAUCAUGAAAAUUCGUUAUCGCAGAAAAAUGUAAAAUUUGCUCUCAGUCCGGGCAAGCGUUUUCCAGAGAAGUAGAAUUCGGCUAUUUCGGUUACUCGUUUUGUGGAGAUGUCUGUCUUCCUUAGUAAAAAGCUUGAGAACGAGUUUGAUAUCGCACGUGCAAUGCUACUUUACUGCAGACUCGUACCCAGUCGGUCUCUGAGUUAGAAAACCAAAGAAUUGAUAACCAUUAGGUACGAGUUUCAUUGUAUCCCUUAUUAAUCACUGUUCAUUUGAUUGAGAUUUAUUCAAAAUCUAUCACAGAAAACGAACUUGUUUAAUCACCGCAACGUGAAUACAUGGAAAAAGUUGAAAAAGCAUUGAAAAGAGGCACCAACUUCAUCUUAAAGUAUGAAGCCCGAUUAAAGAAACUGUGCUCACUAUCAUUUGAACAAAGAAGAGUUUUAGUUGAUGACACUUUCCUUUACGAAGCGCUGAAUGGCAUGAUUAAUGGUGAUAUUCAACCUUAUAUUGAUUUUAAUUCAGUACAUGACCGUUACCCCUUAGGCAUAGCGAUAACUUAACUCUGAAAAAGAAAUACGCUAAAACUAACGUACUAAAAUAUUCAUUUAUAGAAUUGUAAAUAGAUGGAAUGAACAACUUAUGGAAUCUCGCUUUGAAACUUAUAAAAGAACAUUUAGGUAGAAAAGUCAGAAAAUUUCUAUUGUUAUAGUCUUAUUUAAGUGUGGGAAUGAGGAGGUGUGUUAAUGUUAUUAAUUUCACUUAAUUGCCUUUUUGGUAGUCUGUUUCUGAAAGGGGUCAAUGACUCCUUUACAGAUCUUUCAUAUGGCCUGUUUUAUUUUAUUAUUUGUCUUUAUUCUUUACUUUUUUAUAGUAGCUAGUCGCAUCAAAUCGUAAUAAAUAAUGUCCGAGCCUCAAAUAGUUUAAUAUCAUUUCAGCUUAACUUAUGGGCAUCGGUGCGAUGUUAUUUGUUGUCGAGCGAUCUUUAGCAGACAAUCAGUCGAAUGGGGAUACAUUUUGAGCUUAGACAUAGUGAAUCAGCGGAAGUUGGAAAGGCGUUACUUAAAGAAAGUCCAUUUCAUUUUAAAAAUGGUUCGUUAGGUUUUCAGAGAACAAAGGCUUUUUGUGUUUAUGAAAGUCAGUUGCCACAAUAAAACUUAAAAUUCACGCAAAUUAGAAAGUUCCAGAAGUAUAUAUUCUAGCCCAGUAUUCUGAAGAAUUUGUUGCAUCUUACAUGAAAUAUUUCGAAGGAAAAGUUAUUCACGCUGCUCCACAGCUACAUUUGUUUCGAAGCAUCUUCUGUCUAAAGCAGGUAAAUGAUCGAAGGUUUACCUACUGAGUUGUUAUGAAGCCUUACGUGACGAUUCCAGUGCAUUUCGUCUGACAAUAAUGAAGCCACAAAAAUUUUAGUAACUAAGGAGAAAAUUUUCUGACUUCAGAUGAAGUAAAUGUAGAUAAUGAAAAUGCCACCGCUAGAAAGGAGAAAUUUAGUGUUAAUACCGUUACAAAAGCGUCUAACUGUACUGCUCACAAAAUAAAGAUGGCGGCGGCCCGCUUUCCUCAAGUCCGAAACCUGACACUUCUUGACUGACUACUUUUGAUCACUGAAUCAGCUGGUAGCAAAAGAACUCAAAAUUUGCGGGAAUUUUUCGUUAAUAUGCGAUGCACUGUUCCAAAUUGAACGAUUUAAAGCUAUAGGCCGGAACCAGAGAGUUCCAAUAAUAUUAUAGGUACUGCUUCGUUAGGGAUUUAACUUCGUUAGGGAGAAGAUAUGCCCCUAACUUGAACAUCUCGACUGAAGAAAUCCAAGGCAAUAUGUUUAAUGUUGCUGACUAGGAAACACUGCAUAGCUUUGAAAGCUUCUUAGGCAGCUCAAUUUCGUUUGGUUGAGCUGUGAUUUCAUUUAACUCAAAAGCGCCGUGUGUUCAAAUAUACAACUAAUAUGUACCACAGCCGCUUCUGCCUUGAUACCAGCCUAAAUUAAAGAUACACGACUGCGUUUUCGCAAACCCUUUGUUAUAUGUGUUAACUGUCGAAUGAGUCUUGUAAUUUAUAUUCUUUCAUCGUUUACAGUCAAUCUGCAGUUGCAGUCGAUUGGGAAAGGAUUGAUUCAGAUUUACAGCCCUGCUGUAGGACGAUAUCUGGCAAUGGAUAGCAAUGGACGACUGUUUUCAAUGGUAAGCUUAAUACAUUUUUCAAUUUAGUAACCAUUCUCCAACUCAUUACUGAAUUUUGGUAGAAGUAUCAGACCUUGUACCUCCUACUAAGCGUUUUCACUGGAGGCUGUUCAACUUUCCCAGUAACUACUUACUUCUUGGAGACAAUUUUAUGAUGUUUAUGCCACGACUUGGUCAAAUUUAUUGCGUGCAGACAUUAAGGUCCCCCAACACAUUUGUAUGGAACAAAUCUUAUUGACAGCCGUGUACAUUUUAAACUUGCUCGUAUACUUUGACGAAUGUACAAUAGUGCCGCACGAACUCUACCACAAACUGACUACAUAGCACGGCCCAUUACAGGCCAGCCCUGACAAGAAACAGAGUAUCAGGAAUUAUUGAACUAAGGCCAUAUUUUUUUACUGGUCUGAUUGCUGUAUGCCAGGCUCCGAAAGAAAAAGAAAACAAUGCACCUCUUCUUCGAAUACCUGAUCUUUACCAUAAUUAUAAAAGACCAAAGAUGAAGUUUCUUCAUAUAAUAAUUAUAAUAACUGUCGAUGAUUGUUCCAAAGAAAAUUUCGAUAUUGCUGAUUAACAGCGUUGACUUGAAAAAGUCACAAUUUCUAUCGGGGUAUAUCAACGUUACAAGAAGACUACUUGGUACCAAUCGGUCAAUGACCCUCUCUAAUCGCUAUAGAAAUUCUCCUGACAAAGCAAAUAUACUUUUACAGCACACAACAGGACCAUUUUAGAGAGGGAAGUAGUUUUGAAUCUUAAAGAAACCAAAGUAUCAGUUUAUGAGCGAUCGUUGGGUUGGAAAUUGGCGCGAUGUGAUCCUUAAAUAACAACUUAUCGGAUUCCGUUACUUGCACAAUAGAUAGAUUCUACAUUUUUUUCCAUAAAAUAACCUUUUAACUCAUAUGAUAUCAGUAUAAUCAUUUAGCAUUUUAGAAUGUCUUCGACUCUUCGGUUGAGGCAUUUCGUUAAUUCUCGGUUGAUUGUUUGUUGUUGUGAAACGUGAUGGAAUAAAAUUCAGAAAUAAGAUGGCUAAAGUUGUCCAAGUUUCCUCUACUAGGAGAUAGCUUUGGUCUAAUGUUGGUUUUUGCUGAAUAAUUUUUGUGAUUGAAGUAUUUUGUCACCGUCACAGCAAACUCAGAUAAACAAUUCAUCUAUAACCUUUAGGAAUGCACAUCUGAGAUCUGACAUCCACGUGUCUUUUUCUUUCCUACUGCUUCUUUCGACUUAAACAACUAAGGACCUAAAUAAUGUGGAAAGUAAUAAUGAAGGAAGACGAAAAUAAUGACAAUUCCCUCUUUAAAACCAAAUAUGUAACUGUCUAAAAUCUUAAAAAAGCAGAGGAAUAUGGCGUUUGAUUCGUCUAACACCGGAUUGAGUAUGGCAUGGUUAUUAUGUUUCAUUAUCUUUUCAUAAUAAAUACACAAGGAUCAUUUAAUAUCCACAGAAAGAUUGCCAAAUUUCUCCUAUGUUGGGUACAAUUUCUGGCUACUGAAACUGCACGUAACAUCACUGAAUCGAGUGGGACUCAGCGCAGUAAGACACGAGACGCACUGGGUGUUGACUUUCUGGAGAAGAUUAACUGGACAUUUUUCUGUUUAGAUAUUGCCUAAGUUCACAAACAGCAUAUUACACCUAUUUUAGAGCUCUACGAUAUUUGAUUUUCGAUUAAGAUUUGACAAAAAAAAAAUGUUUAAAUCAUUUUCUCACUGUGACCAUUUUAAGUAAUAACUAAGAAAAUAUAAUUCUUAACUGCUGCGAUGAUGCUCACCGUCACUAAAAAGCGACGUCGUGAAAUGAUAAUCAAAAAUCAUUUCUAAAUAGUUACUUUGCAGAGCAAGUUUUUAUGGUCGAAUAAAACCUUAAUGAUAUGUAAAUUAUCACAUUUUCCUUCAUGAUGAUUAAUAUUGGUAUGCCGGUAGACAAAAGCCGCGAUAUUAACUCUUCUUUCAACGCAAUGAACUUUAUAUCAUGAUUUUGUUUUUGACAUCAAGCAUAUGUAUAUAUUUAUAGCGAACAAUAUAUUAACUAAAGUUAACCGAACUGACAAGCGAGACCUGUGUGCUCAUGCAAGUAAUUUUCCAAUAUAACUGACAAAAUACGUCAGGGUCAAGGACUCGAACUGCUUCAGAUGAUUACUGUAAAUUUUAUAGCGCAAAAAAAACAGAAUAACAUGGUACACUUAUGAUCUGCCAAAAAUAUAUUAUCUUGCGCGGUCGGAGAGUCGCCUUUUCAAAAUGACUCAAUCCGAAAGCAACAAAAUGCAUUACAUACUUUCAGGCAAUGAUGUGCAUUUGAGUUUGACGCGAGUUUCAAAUCCUGUCCGUCUUUCAUAACAUCAAGUUUCACGUGGAAGUCACAAUUAAAUUCUCGAAAAAUCCUUAGAUUUCAGCGAAUUCCGUGUCAAAUUCCUUUGAAAAUAUUUCACCAAUUUUACAAUUAAAUCUAUUUAAAUGAAAUGAGAUAUAAAUUAAAUUGCUAUUCCAAGAGUAACUUAACGAUAAUUAACGUCAGUUUGCAAUUUUCGUACUAUGUUUAUUUGCUAUGUUUAACUUAUGUUUUAUUCCGUUCAGAAUUGAAACUGAUACGGCUUGCCGAAUCAUAUCAUAUCACUGAGAUAGAUAGUUUAUAAAGUCUUCCUACUGCUUCAAUAAAAAGGAAACAACUUUGUUAGAAUGGAUGCCAUUUUGAUGAAUAAACCAAACGAAUUUCUUUUCAUGGCAUCUGAGCCCUAUUUUUAUCGAAUGACUAUUUUAGUUUGUUACUGGACCAAUAUGACCUUAUUCAGGCUCAAAACAUGUUCAAAAUAUUUAAAUUAUUCAAUUUCGUGUUAUUUUCCUUCCUCUGUUUCGCUUCUGGUAACACACGACGGAAUGUUAAAUGAAGAAUGCUCUUGAAUUGGAAUUGAGAUCAAUCUAAGCACAUCACAUAAACAGAACUGAGUAAGAUUUUCUUCAAAUUUUUCAAAGUCGACCCUAAUUUUGUAUACUAUGCCAUACACUAUUAUUGUAAUGCUUCAAAUGAUCCCUCUGCGAGAAAAAACAAUAAUAGAAAACAAGUGAGACGAUGACUGGUAUUAUUUAGCCGAUGUUAGUUAUAGGGAUUGAAAUAGAUAAAGUCAGAGUUAGUAAAUAUAGGGUUAGAUAUAUUAUAAAUAUAUAUAUUUUAAAUAUAUACAUAUAUAUAUAUAUAUAUGUGUAUCAUAUCAACAUAUCAGGUUUUAUUCCCAUAUUUUUUAGUUUUGGGAUUGAACAUAGGAAGGGAGGGGGGAGUCCUUUGCAGGGUUUGGAAACGGAUCCAGAAGUCCAAAGGCCAAAAUUUGGUUGUAAUGCAAAGCUAAUAAAUAGACAGAUUUUCUUGCAUGACGCCUCGGUUAGUUUCUUUGCUGUUGAGAAGCCCAGUUUCGAUUUUUAAUUAAAUAAGGCUUCGAGGAAUUAUUAUAAAGUUUGGGGUUUUAUUCUUCAAAGCCUUGCCAUGGUGUCUAUCAUUAAAAUCUGAAGUUUUAAAAUAUCAAAAUUGGGCUAUUCCAAUCCAGCUUUGUCAACGAAAACACUAUCCCUGUCCAAUAAAAUAGUGAUUUGCACUUAUACAAGUUUCUUUACUCACAGAAAAGCAAGACAGACAGCACAAUUUUCAAACACGUUCAAGGAAUCAACGGUUUUCACACGUUCUCCUCGCACAAGUACUACAGAGACACAGCUCAUGACAUGUACAUAGCCUUGAGGAAGGAUGGUCUUCCAAGGAAAGGAAACAAGGCUUGUUCACUUCAUAAAGGUUCUCAAUUCCUGAUAAUCUGAACCAUUGAUACCCUGUACAUCUUGGCACUUAUUUAAAACAAAUGUUGAAUAAUAGUUAUUAUGGAUAUUCCAAGACAUAAACAAACAGCCUACAGUUCUACAUGACACACAAAAAAACUCCACGGAGUCUCCUGAGGCAAAAUGAGAUAAAU